UUAUUCAUAAAUGUAGACAUUUCCACUUAAACCUCAAUACAAAAUGGACGAAGUUUCUACAAAAUUCUUAUUUAAAGUUACCGCAAAAGAAAUACAUAAAUACAAGAAUGAUUUCGUGCAUUUUUCAAAUACUCGUAUUGUUGCAUAUUAUGAAAGACUUUUUAAAAAUAUUAAACCAGCAACAAGAAUUCGAUAUUUUAUAGAACCACCAAGAGGGAGUUAUAAAAUAGACCUAAAUGAUGGAUAUAAAGAAUAUGUAAUGACAUCACUGUAUUCUAAAGGUGUUGAUUUGUGCCUUAAAUAUGUCAUGUCUUCUCCUGAAGAGCCUGAAAUAAAAAAUAAAACCAAAGUGUUUACCCGUUCCGGUACACUGGUUCAUAUAAUGGAAUCUAUACGUAGCAAAAAAGACAGAGAACUAUUAAUACGUGUGACACGUUAUAGAGGAAAUAUCUAUAUGAUUACUGGAGAUUCCCAAAAGUCCGAAGAAAUGGAAGGCGAUAAGGUAGUAGAGUCCCCUACUGAAACACAUCACAAUCAGAUAAAAAGAUAUUUUUUGGCAGAUUCACCACAUGAUCAACCAAAUAUUAAAGAACCUUGGAAUGAAAAUAAAGAAUUGCUUGCAGUAUUUCGUAGUAAUUUAAAAAAAUACGAUAUAAUAUACUCUGGAUCAGUACAGGGCAUCAUAGCCAAACAAAAUUUUAAAGAUUUUGACAAUAUGGAUCAACUUAAUAAAUGUCGUUUUGUUUUAAUUAAACAAAUGUGGAAUGAUAUUGACUUUAAAAGUCAAAAAUUUUUACAUUAUUUAUUUCAUGCCCAUUUAAGUAAAGUCAAUGACAUAUUCGUGGCCUAUAAGAAUAGGAAAGGUAUCGUUACACUACCACUGGAACAUAAAAUUGUAAAAAAUUUUCCCAAGCAUCUUGUUGAAAAAUUAUCGAUUGGUGAGGCAUUCCUAUUUGAUUUUCUGCAACGUAUUGAAAAUCUAAUGUCCAAUGUCAACUGUUUAAAUACGGUCUAUGUAUUUAAGAUAAAACGUAACAUAAAUUGCAUUAGUUACCAGAUUUAUGAAGGCAAAACUGAAAAGUCUUUUAUAAUGGAUGAAUAUAAAGAAUAUUGUGAAUUUUAAGAAAUAUUUUAAAUAAAGAUAUCAUGUAAUUAAAUAUUA